GGCACAACGGGACCCCCGGGCGUGCGGCGGUGCGGCCGCUCCGCUUCUCCGGCGGCUCCUUCCUGGGCUCCUCCCAGACCCUCCGCUUCUCCGGGCUCCGCCAGCUGCUUCCCCAGACCCUCCGUCCCCUUCCCCCCGGGCCCUCCGUUCCUCUCACUCGGACCCUCCGCAGGUCACUGCCGCCGGCGCAGGAGGGUCCCGUUCGCCGCCCCUUCCCCCCGCUCUGCUCCCCAGUGACCAGGGCAACACCGUUCCUCAGGCACCAGCUUGGAGGGUGGAAACGUAACUGAGAGGAGCAGAGAGAGCUGAGCACACCAUGGGAGCAAACACCUCCAGCAAGUUACCCCGCUGCGAUGGAAAUGAAGAUGUCACCUUCGACCAUUUUGAAAUUCUGCGAGCUAUUGGGAAGGGCAGCUUUGGAAAAGUCUGUGUUGUGCAGAAGAAUGACACCAAGAAGAUGUAUGCCAUGAAGUACAUGAACAAACAGAAGUGCGUGGAGAGGAAUGAAGUGAGAAAUGUUUUCAAGGAGCUGCAGAUCAUGCAGGGCCUGGAACAUCCCUUCCUUGUUAAUUUAUGGUACUCGUUCCAGGAUGAAGAAGAUAUGUUCAUGGUUGUGGACCUGCUGCUUGGGGGGGACUUGCGCUACCACCUCCGACAAAACGUGCGGUUCCAGGAGGGCACCGUGAAGCUUUUCAUCUGUGAGCUGGUCCUGGCCCUCGACUACCUCCAGAGCAGGCACAUCAUCCACAGAGACAUCAAGCCUGACAACAUUUUACUGGAUGAGCAUGGGCAUGUGCACAUCACUGAUUUCAAUAUUGCCACCAUGCUGACUAAGGAAAUACAAGUCACCACCAUCGCUGGCACAAAGCCCUACAUGGCACCUGAAAUGUUUAACUCCACAAAACCCACCGGCUAUUCCUUUGCUGUGGACUGGUGGUCAUUGGGGAUCACUGCCUAUGAGCUGCUCCGGACACGGAGGCCGUACCACAUUCGCUCCAACACCUCCCCAAAUGAAAUCGCUCAUGUCUUCAGGACAGCCACAGUGAUGUACCCAGCAGCUUGGUCCCCAGAGAUGGUGUCACUGAUCAAAAAGCUGCUUGAGCCGAACCCUGAGAAGCGUUUUUCUCAGCUGAAAGAUAUCCAAGACUUUCCUUACCUGUCAGAUGUGAACUGGGAUGCUGUUCUCCAGAAGAAGAUAGUGCCAGAAUUCAUUCCUAUGAAAGGCAGGCUGAACUGUGACCCAACCUUUGAACUGGAAGAAAUGAUCCUGGAAUCCAAACCUCUUCACAAGAAAAAGAAGCGUCUGGCUAAGAAGGAGAAAAACACCUGCAAAAGCAAUUCGUCCCAGGCCUGCCAUCUUCAAAAGCACCUGGAGAUGCUCCAGAGGGACUUCAUUGUUUUCAACAGAGAAAAGAUGAGACACCACCACAACAACACCCAGGAGGCCACAACGUGCAAGGACAAGCAGAACAACACCCUCUAAGAGCAGCGCAGACCCCGCAGGAGCUCUGCUGGUGAUAGACUCAGUGCUCACCCUUCGGCUCGGCUACCCAGCCCGCUGCCCUCACAGCCCUGGAUGCUGCUUGCCAGGCUGGGAAUGGCCAUGUUCCCUUCCUCAGCUGGGAGGAGGCAGCAAAGGUUUCCUCCUCUCCCCACACAGGUUCCUGUGCCUGUUUCAGCACUGCUGGUGGUGGUCAGAGGAUGCAGAUGUGGAAACAAAGAGGUCACAACUAGGCACUGGUGAAUAACCAGCAUUCAGGUGCUUACCCAGGCCAGACUGAAAAACCCAUUCACCAUCACAUUAGAUUGCUGCAGCUGGCUGAAUCUGAUAGCAUUUGGCUUUCAACAUCAGAGGUAAUUCGAUUGUAUAUUUUUUAAUCUCUCUA